AUGCCUCCCACAGAGCCAGACGAUGACUACGAUCCAUACAGAUAUCCUAUAUUCUAUCUCCCUGACAUUACCCUGGCCGAUGACCCGAUCCACCUGCCUGCCCCCCUAAUUCCCGAAUUCCGCCACAAAGACCAGGAAUACAAACUCCUCUCUCAUCUCUGGCACGUGCAGUUAGGCCACGACCAAGCCCGGCACCACUGGAAUAUCCAGGCGCUACAUGGUUUCUGGCGCACAUACGGACCCCGUACGUUUGAGGGCAGGUACUAUGGCUGGUCACCGACCUGGAUCGUGGACGCACUCUUUUCGCUUCAGAGAGAUCUGGAAAAACUGCAGAAGGUGGCGGAUAGGAUCAUGUUGAAAAGGGCACGGAUGCGGGCGCAGGCGAGGAAGAUCCUUAAAAGGGCGGGUGUACAGGUGGAAGAUGAAUCGUGGGUGAAUGAUGAGGAGGUGGAACUUGCUGUGGAGUUGGCGAGGGAAGACGUAGGGGAUGAGGGAUGUGCGGGGGAUGAGGAGGUGAUGAUCAAAAAGAUUCGGAGGGAUAGGGAACGGGAGAGGGAAAAGGAGAGGGAAAAGGAAAGGGAAAAGGGGGCCGGAAAGGAGAGAAGGCGGUUAGGAGCGCGCGCGGGAGGGAGGAGGAGAAGCAGAUCGAGUGCAAGACUUGGUAGUAGCGACAGCGAAGCUACCAAUGAGUCUCCUACGCAUAAACCGCCGCCAGCGCGGAAACGACCCACCACGCCUCCUGAUUCUUCUGCUAUUGACGCUUCGGAGAGUGCCAGGAAGGCGGAUACGGUUGCGGAUCGUCAGCGGGAACAGGGGCCGAGAGGAGAUCGAGAACAGAAGAGUGUGCCUCAAGACUUUCUUUCUCGUUUGACUUGUUUCCGUCUCGGAAACUCUCUCUCCAAGGAGGAAAUGACUGGCACUCCGCCACCGAUGGACAUGGAGAUCCAGGUGUCUGAAUAUGAGGUUUCUUCUGGAUUGGAUUCAGAACCUGAACAAUUGAGAGAACACAUGCUGCAUGACGGUGAUGGUGCAGGAUUAGCUUGCCCCAACAACGACGAGUUCAUGUAUCCUGGCGAGGGUAGUUUUAGGCUUACUUCUCCAACACCGGAAAGUAAGGAGUGA